AUGCAAUCAAAUCUUAUAAAUUUAUUUAAUGGUAUAAUUAAAAGAGAAAUAAAUGUUUUUAAUGAUGUUGUAGUUGUUGAUGAUGUUGUUGAAAAAAAAGAUACAGAAAUGACUGAUGAUAGUACUCCGUCAUUAGAUAAUGAAGAUCAAUCUACACCACCACAACCAUCACAACCAUCACAAAUACAACCAAAUAAACUAUUAUUCAAUAAAGAUAGUUUACUUAAAGAAAUUCAAAAAAUAUAUCCAAACAUAAAAGACCCAAUUCAAAUAGAGAUUAAAACUUCAAUUGAUUUAAAUAUUAGAAUUUUCUUUAAUAAUUUAAUAAAACAAAUAGAUAUAACUUAUGAAAAUAUAGAUCUUGCAAUAAAAUUGGCAUAUUCAUUUGUUGAAUUGGGUAUAUUAGAUUCAAUUUUACCAUUACAACUUUCAGAGGAUCUUUUUGAAACGAAAACUAUUAGUAAAUGUUUAGAUUUAUUUGGUUUAUUAGAAUCUAGAGCUGAAAUCUUUUCACAAGAUCCAGAAAUUAUUAAAGGAAGAAAAAGAAAUUUAUUAUUAAAGAUAUGUAUUGAAUUAUUGAAAAGGGAAACCAACCCAGAUUCAUGUGGUCGUAUUUUAUUAUUUUUAGCAUAUGUUUUCCCAUUAUCUGAUCCAUCAGGUUUAAAUACAAAAGGUGAGCACAAUAUUCAUCCUGAAGAAGCUUUAGAUUUUCAAAAUGAUAUAAUGAAUAAUGUAAAUGGUAAUAAUAAUAACAAUGUAAAUAAUAGUGAAGAUACAACAACAACAUCAACAGCAGCAACAGCAACAGUAAUAACAACAACAAAUGGUAAUAAUGAUACAACAGUUGAUAGAAAUUUUUAUAGACAAUUUUGGGGAUUACAAACUGUUUUUCAAAAUCCUCAACAAGUUUUAUUGAAUACAACAGUAACAACUGGUGGAACUAUUACAAAUAUAACAUUAAAUAAAAUUAAAUGGGAAUCAUUCAUACAGUCAUUAGAGUUGGUUAUAGGAUCAUUUUCAACUCAUAUCAACUUGGAUGAACUUUCUCAAUCAUCCUCAAAUAACCCAUCUAAAAAACAUUAUUUCACAAAAUAUCUAACAAGUAGUAAUUUAAUGAAACUUCAACUUAAAGAUUCUAUCUUUAGAAAGAAUAUUUUAACUCAAAUUUUAAUAACUUUUCAAGCUUUAGAUUUAACAAAUCAAAAAUAUCCAACAAUUUUUAAUGAUUUACAAAAAAAUAUAAUUCAAGAAUUAACAAAUAAAUGUUUUAAAAUUUUAUCAAAUACAAAUCCAAAUGGUGAAUAUUUUUCAAAUUGUUUAUCAUCAAUAUUAAAGAGAGAGAAGAAUUGGAUCAUUUGGAAACGAGAUAAUCAAUGUAAACCAUUUGAAAGACCACCAUGUAGUCCAAUUGUUAAAAAGAAGAAAUUAUUUAGAAAGACAGCAUUGACAAAGAUAUCAUUAGGUAAUCAAGAGUUAUCUAGACUUUGGAAUCUUUCAGGUGCACCCAAUGAUAGAUCCUAUUUAAAGACUCAAAAUUCAGUUUCAUUAGAUUCAUUCAUUGAACCUUUGAAAAAGGAAACCAUUGAACAAGAAGAAAAAACAAAACAAGAAGCAUUGAAAUUGGAAAGAAGAAAAAAGAAUGAACAAAAGAGAUCUGAUGCUGAAAAAGCAAGAAGAAAAGAAUAUGAUGAAAAGAAAGCUGAAUUCUUAUUGGCAAAUCCAACUAAAAAAGAUAAAGAUUAUCAAGAGUAUGAAGAAUUACCUGCUGAAGUAGAUUCUGAUGAUUUAAGUGAUUUAGAUGAACCAAAAGAACUCUUACGUGAUAAUCCAGUUUACAUUUGGAAAACUUUAAGAUUAAUCUCUAGAAAGAGAUUAGAAUUAUUUAAAAAUCCAAAGUUUGAUGAUAUAAUUCAAAGUUUUAUUAAACCUACAAUAACUCAAUCACAAGCAGUAUCAACAGCUACACCACCACCAACAACAACUACAACUACCAGUACAACAGCACCACCAACCAUAACAACAGCAACAGCAACCACCUCACCACCACCACCUGUAACUCCUGUUGUUUCUACCACAACCACACCAACUCAAAUAGCCUCAACCUCUUCUCCUACAAUCGAAAAUUUAUCUCAAAAUGAAAAGAUUGAACAAAUCGCCUCAAAUACUCCUAUGGAGGAAUAA